AUGCCUCGUGGAAGACCUCGAGGUCGUGGUCGAACUUCAGUCGGAAAAACAGUAGCUAAGUCAUCACCAGCAUGCUCUAGUCGUAAUCGAGGACGUUCAAAACCAACUGGUAGUUCGAUGAAAUCAAAAUCCACAAAAUCUUCAAAAUCCAAAGAAAGUCGACAAGCAUGGGAUGAAAGUGAUGAUGAAUAUGAUAGGCCUGACUACUACACCGAUUCAUCUGAUGGUUUUGAUAGUGAUGUUUCCACUGCCCGAAGAAACUCAGCGGCAAUGGAUUUCGACGACGAAGUAGAGGAUGAGGAGAUAGAAGAGACAUCAUCCGUGGCGAGUCGCGUUCCAACACCCGGUGCAUCGCUCUAUGAGACGGAUGAAUCUGUCGAAUGUCCAUGGCUUGAAAUUCCGGCCGAACAACUACCAAUACUGAAAUUACCGAAAGGAAGCAAAGAUUUAUUGAUCGAUGAGAAGUAUUUGUUUGAUGCUCUUGAGGUUUAUGAAACAUGUCGCUGGUACUACCAAGCAAUUCGACUUUCUCCAUUUCUUUUCGAGGAUUUUUGCGCAGCUCUAAGCACGGAAAGUCAAACAAAUCUCUUGGCUGAAAUACAUAUUGCACUGUUGAAGUUAUCAUUGAAGGAUGAUGAUGAUGAGCAAAUUAUCUUGUCGGUUCAAGAUACAAACAAUAGUUUCAAUAUCAUGCUUCAGCUGCUCGAACCAAUGACAUAUGCUGAGGUACUUCGCCAGUAUUUGGAAAGUGAUCCGCAGCGCUUCCCUGCUCAGGUUCUUGAAGCAGUAAAUGGAAAUUAUCCAUUUGUUGAUGUGGAACAACGACUUAUAGUUCUUUCAUGGCUUUGUGAUCGUUUUUUUCAAACUAACGAAUAUCGAAAUAUUGUUAGAAAUGAGGGGAAGUUAACAGCAGAUCUACAUUGUCGUGAAUGUGGAAAACCAGGGGAUGUUUUGCUCUGUGAUGGUUGUGAAGCGUGCUAUCAUUUGUCGUGUACUAGUCUGGCUGAUGUACCGGAUGGAAAAUGGUUGUGUCAAGUGUGUGAAUUACAUAAGGUACGCGGUGUAACAGACUGUCAAGUCCCCGGUUACCGAUCGCCGCGUAUGCCCAUGCGUUUCAAACCACUGGGUCGCGAUCGUCACGGUCGUCUUUAUUGGUUUAUGGUGCGACGAAUAUUUGUGCAGGACGAUAUUAACGGUUCUGUGCAUUACUACAGCACUCUUCCUCAGCUCUACUUUUUGUUGAAUAUGCUUUCUGUGAAUGAAUAUGAAAAACAUUUGGCAGCCGUUUUUAUGGAUAUUCUUCCUCUCAUUGAAGAACAUAUGCGGAUGACGCUACAGUUAACUGGUGACUAUGGACGGAGCGCAAGAACUAGAAAUAAAACUGAUUUGUAUUUGCAUGCUGAUAACGUUGUCAGAAUGGGCGACAUUUUGGCAAAACCACUGUUUAGUCAGUUACGAGAAAGUGAUGAUGAGCGAGUUAUGGUUGCAAUUGGUUGCACGAAGCAUGUUGAAGUGAGCAAGUAUCUGCUACUCUGCAAAAUUGAAGAACUGUUGGGGUUUACAGGAAACUGCUUGAAAGAUACAUUCUGGACAGCUGGCAUGCAAACUCACGAAGUGAUUGCGAAAAAAGAAGUAAUCGAAACAAGUUUCCAUACAGCUUCUGUCAACGGUAGUGUUGGGGAAGUCCAUUCUGCGGAGCUUGGAUUUAGACUUGGCGAAGGCGACAUCUUGGCACGCUACUGGGCUGUAGCAAAAGGACGCACUCUUACUGGAACACCAAUUCAGAUUGGGAAAAUAAUACAAAGUUCUUUGGAAAGUUUUGCUCAAAAAAUACCAUCGACUUUAAUGCAUCGACUGUGGAAACAUGAUGGUUUCGAUUAUUUUAAAAAGGGACUUAAUGCUCCACCAACAGUUGAACUGCUGAAAGACUUGUUGUUGCGCUUUGAAUGUGCGAUUCGGCGACCAGUUCUUCAUAGUGUGUGGUGGAAUACACUAGGGCAUACUCGUCUGAUGCGUAUAACAGUGGAAGAUCGUGAACGACGUCAGCGUUACGAAGCGAAGAAAAAGAAGCAGGACAGGGAGCUUUGGGCAGCAGAACCAGAUGAUGACGAAGUAAUUUGGGUGAAACAUCUUAAAGUUGGUUCAGUACUUAAAAGAACUUUGUGGCGGCAGAACGAUGAAGGUUAUCGAGUGAAUGGCCGCGGUGCCCUUGGUGGUUGGUUGUGGAAAGCGAAAACAUUUCAUCGGACAUUCAUUCCACAAGCCGAAAAGCCGAAUAUUGGCAGAAAUUUAAAACCCACUACAUUGGCAAAUAGAAAAGCAAUUCGUUUGGGAAAAAUUGUUGAAAAUCUGAAUGAAUGGAGGAAUGCAGAACUAGAAGGCGAGGAGAGGAAGUGGCAGAAGGAACUUCUGAAGAAGUGCUAUUCCCCCACCUGUAGAAUGGGCAUGAUGCCGUUACCGAUUACUUCGGAAAAUGAUAGCGUUCAAGGUUGUUACAGUUUUGCGUGUCGUCAAGCUGUAUUACAAUCGAUGGGAAGAACCACUAGUGGUGUUGUACACGCACGACCUCCAUUAUCACCAUCAUCAAAAUCUCGACAAGAAAGUGGAAAAGAUGUGAAAGCGCUGGAGAUGAAUAAACCAUUCCCGCUCCCGGUUCCAUUUGAUUAUCGAGUCAAGCGUACUGGUGAACAAAGUUUACUAAUCUUACCACAGAGAUCCUUAAAACGUUUGGCUCGCCAGGGCGGAGUGAAUUUGAAUUAUUUCGCCCCUGGUUUUCAUCGUAUGGCUAAAAGUAACAAUCAAGUGUGGAACUACCCUUGUCAGCGUCCGCUCUUUGAUAAUUGCUGGAGAUACAUGGUGUUACGCGCUCAGUCUUACCACUCAGUUGCUCUACAUCUUCGAGUACUCUAUGCAUGUAUUCGAUGGGCUGAUAUGCAUCGCGAAUCAGAUGAAGAUUUUCGGGUUACAGUCCAUCUUGCGGAUCAUGAUGAAGUACGAACAGUGGUUGGCCAUAAGGAAUAUCCACCAGAUGGUAUGUAUGAACAGUAUAAACUUAGUAUAGAGCUAAUUCCUCUGGAUGACAAUAUUGAACUGGAUGACGCUAAUGAAGGCUUAGGAAGUGCCGCAUAUCAUCCAUCAAAGUCGCUGGAGAAAACUUUGCGUAAAAGAAAAGCAACAAGGAGAUCAGAAAACGGGGUGGUAAGGAAAGAUCAUGUAAAAGUGAUUGAACGAUGGAUCGACGGUGUUGAACUGAAACCCUGGGAAAUAGCUGAUUAUUGGAAGAAUAUUGAAAAUCGAACAAAGCGUAGUUUGGCUGCGCCAUCGGUCGUUACAGUGGGCAAUAGACUUCCUACGUUAGCUAUGAAAAACUGUGAGUCGUCGACAGUUUAUUCUAAUCGUAUAUCUGCUGAAAGACGUCGUCCACAGCCGAAACGUAUGCCGGAUUACGAUUAUGAUAUAAAAGACGAUGAGGACGAAGAUGACGACGAUGAAUAUAUCGACGUUGAAACGUUACCGAAUAUUGCUGAAACGAAAUCAAUUUCAAGUUUAGAACCAAAACCAAAAAUUCCACGAUUAUCAGAACAGAGAUCAGAAAGACAAUUAACUGGAAGUCCUUAUAAAGCACAGUGGCACAAUCCGAAUGUAUAUCGUCAAUAUGAACAAGUGGCCAGGCGACCAGGUGAACUGCUAGGUGGAGGGAAAUAUACCAUGUUUCAGAAGCCGGAUGGCACAUUCUGCCGUGUAAUGGUAUAUCAGAAUCGUCCAAUGCAAGGAGAUAGGACUCCGAGUACUCCGGGAUCUAUUCGCCCUCCGCCAGUGAUAACUUCACAGUCAAGAGCUGGAAAUUAUCAGCGUGAAUCGCUGCGAAUACCAGUCAGUCGAAGAGUUGUAUCAGUUCCAGGCUCAAAUCAUGGAUCUCCUGUGGCACCGAUGGGGAAACGACUGUUGUUGAUUCGCCGGAGUGAUGGUACGACGCAAUAUUUACGGCCAGUUACUAGUGGUACCAGUACACCCGGUACUUAUCGAGCAGUCCGCACGACACAAGUUGGUGGUGCGACAAUAAGUGAUGUUCGAGGUUCUGCAACAGGUUCUUCCUUUGUUCGUCCGGUUAGUGCUACUCGAACUGUUUUUACUGGUAAUCAGUCAGUGGGAAGAGUUGUACGAUUACCUGCGCGAACAGUUGCAGUGGUAAAUCAGCCACCUACUACUGGAAAUCAAGUCCCGUCCACAGUGAGAAUUGGCCGAAUGCAACCGAAUGCAAAACGAGUGGAUGGUGAUGAAAUGCUGAGUGAUCAAUCAAGCGGUCUCGUUACUGCAGAUAUGAGCGAAGAGUAUCGUUUAUUGGCGGAAAGAGGUCUUCGCUCAUCUGGGAGGCCCCCUGGAAUAGCUCCAAGUUCUGGAAAUGGGCGUGUUGUUAACAGUACAAGACCAGCUGUAACAGUUCAGCCGCGGCAAGGUUUAGCAACAGUGCAUUCAUCUCUCGAACAACAGACAUCAUCAGGUCAAAUAUUCGGUGACCACGACCCUAUGGCUGGUUCCGGAUCAUCUGCAAGUAGUGGUGGUAAAUACGCGAACAUGGUACGAACGGAAGUCAGGACAGCAGGAGUUACUACACGGACACAUUCUGUCGUUGAAAUGAUUCGAGCGGGAUAUCAUGGUCGAGGAGUAUCAUCACUGUAUGGAAAAAUGCAUAUGUCUCAGUUGAACGAAUUAACAGACAUGCCAUCAUCAGUUGGACACACUUAUGCUAGUAGUCGUACUCAUAUGAAAUAUAUUGGAACCGUUGAUACUCGCUCAAAUCUUUACAUUCGUCCUUUUGAACCAGAAGAUCAACGAGUUAUAAAAGAGAUGCUUGAUAAUUUGAUAACAGAAGUUUGCAUAAUGGAUGCUGAGAAUGGUUGGCACAGGCGUCAUAUUCAGCGUGUUUUCGAAAAACGUCAGGAAGAAAGAAAGCGACGCGAAAUGCAGCAAAGGGCACUGAAGAUGGAACGACUUUCAGCACGACAACUUGAAAUUGAGCUGGGUGAGCGCAUUGAACGAUUCAAGAGAGAAGUCAAUAAAAGGCGUCUUAAGUUAGAGGAAAGAGCAGAGGCCGAGGCCGGAAUGACUGCGCCAUGGCGCCGGCCUCGAAGUAGGCCUGAGAAGAGAGUGCGUGAGCAUUGCACCGCUUCAAGUGCACAGUUACACGCUAUAGCAGGAAUGCCGGUAGAACCAAGUACUAUAUCGUUAGGUGGUAUAGUGCAUCCCGACGAAACAGCACCGUCCAAUAAGAUGGAUGAACAGUCGAGUAGUCAUCUUCCAAGCGAAAGCGGUAGUGUGCUUUGUCCAAAAACUACGGGAUUAAUACCGGAUUUGUCCAUUCAGCAACGUUCACCGCAAUUAUCUCCAAAGGAUCAAUCUUUACCGGAUUCUGGACAGCAGCAAAUGGAAGAUCCCUCACAACAACGACGUAGUGAGAGAAGCAAGAAGAAAAAGAGUUUGGACGAAAUUUUCAUCAAGACUGAAGUGAUGUCGACAUCACAGAUGUCGGCUAGUAGCGAAACGAAACCAAAUGGAAAAACUCGAAAAGAACAACGUCAUGUUGCACGUGGAACAACUCCUUCGACGUCGUCGCGGCCAGGAACAGCAUGUUCGGAAUCUAUUCCAGACAUUGAUACCACAAAACGACACUGCAAAUGCAAUCAGCCGUAUGACCCGAAAAAGUUUUAUGUUGGUUGCGAUUUGUGCUAUCAGUGGUUCCAUGGUAAAUGUGUUGGUAUAUCGGAAAAGAAAUCAAAGAAAAUGACAAAUUGGGUUUGUGCAGAUUGUGCCAAGGAGCAAAAAGGUUCAGAAAAGGAGUUGUAUUGUGUUUGUCAAACUCCAUAUGAUGAUUCGCAGUUCUAUGUUGGGUGUGAUGGAUGUGAAGGAUGGUUCCAUCCACAGUGCGUUGGCAUCACUCAAGAGGAAGCCGAGAAAGCAGCUGAGUAUCUGUGCCCACAAUGUAAACGAAACAAGCAAACAGACUCUGAGUCGAGUACUUCAUCUUCGUCGCCUUUAUUGCUUGAGCGCCCUGAUUUUGAGCUUCUUGAGCAUGUCUUUGAUAGCUUGAAAAGUCAUCGUACUAGCUGGCCUUUUCGAGAAGCGGUUAAUCAGAAAGAUCAUCCAGAGUAUUAUUCUAUUGUUAAGAAACCGAUGGAUCUCAGCAUUGUGCAGCAAAAACUGGAACGUUACGAAUAUCGCAAUUUAAAGGAAUUUACGAGUGAUAUAACACAAAUUUUUGAAAACGCUCGCAUAUUUUAUCCCAAAGAUUCAGCUGCCUAUCAGUGCGCUGAUAUCCUAGAAAAACAGUUUCGUGAGCGAAUGAUUAAAAUUAAAUCUUCGGUAGAAACACGGACAAGUGGCCAAAAAGGGGAAAGUUCAGCUACAAAAAAAUAAUGGCACGCUAAAUGGCUUUUCAAACUAUGAUUAGUUCGCUAAAUAUAUCGAUGGGAAUAUCCGGAAGUCACUCGCCGAUCUCUGCUAAUUAGACUUUUCAUAGUCUUUUUUUUUUCGUUUUCGUUUUUCUCAGUUAAUAAAUUACUGUUGUUUUCUUUCUUUUUUUUUUAUUUGGUCACCUUUUAUUUGGCUUGAUGAUAUGUGAAUUUACUGUGUACCUUGCAGCAUUGUGCGUUUUAUCUCGAAAUGUUGGUGAAAUUUUGGCGAGAUAUGGGAAGCAAUUUUUCUAUAUCACAAUCACUUUUUAACUUUUGGAAUAUGAAUGUGUCUCAUAAAUCAAGUUUUGACCUCACUGGAGACUAAAUGUAGUGCAUUUUUAACAAAUCAUUUUGUGAAAUGAAAUUAUGAUAAGCAAGUAGGAUAUUACGAGCAGUCGAUUUAAUUCAUUCAUCCGUUUUUGUGUACCUCACCUUUUUUCAAUCAUUUACGUGCUUGAAGCACUUUUUUUUUCUUCAUCCUCCUUAUUUCUGUUCUUUGUAAUAUUUCCAUUAGAGAAUAGCACAUAUCACCGAUUUUAUUAUCAAUGGACUUUGUGAAUAACGAUUGUAUUGUAUUACGAAUUACAGAAAUUGUGAGGCCUUUUAUAUUGUGCUAUGUUUCUCUUCCAUCAUUAACGAAUUUUUUCCUGUGAGUGAAUUUUCCUGUAAAUAAAUAGUCUUACUUUUGCUCG